GAUUGUACGUAUUACACGCGGUCACCUCGUUAAGCAAAGUAGAAUCAAGCCUGAAUUUGAAAAAACAUGUGUUGCAAGUUCUAAUGCGUUAAUUCGCGUUCGUUUCUUUCGUCAUGGUUCAUUCUCGAUCCAUCGUAGAUACGAUCAGGGUUUUGCCUCGGAAAAUUCAUGGGGAGUUCGUUAUCACGUUCAAAAAUGUGUUUGGUACACGUCCCACGAGAAAAUCUUACGUGAAUAUUCAUUAUCGAUAUAGUCAUUUAUUUGAAUUCGGUUAAAAAACGACGUAGGGACAUCGACACGGUGAAUAUCGGGAAACAAAGAUCAACUAAAAAUGUGAUAUGUAAUGAGCGAUAAGCAGUCUGCAUCUAUUUUGCCACCCCUUAAUGGGGGUGGAGGAAACAAUGGGGGUAGCAAUGGCAGUACACCGCAACAAACUGUUAGUUUGCAGCAGGUACUUGCCACUGCUCAGGGGCUCAAUGUCCUCACAACUGGUGCUGGACAACAGUUUGUUAUUACUUCCCAGGUUCCUGGUCUCACACAGGUUAUACCAAGCAAUGCAACAACAAACUCUAAUAUUCAACAAGUCGGUGUUACAAGACUUGUUAAUAUUAGCAGUACUCCACCACGUCCGAGUACUGUGGGAGUUGCAGGUGCAAGUGGUUCACCUCUCCCAUCUCCCUCUCGACAGAAUUCACCUAAAGUUGUUCUAGCAACGUCUCCAAAACUUGUUAGAACCUCUAUCGGCAACAUGUUCGUUGCUCCAACAUCUCAAGCUUCUAUGCAAUCCCCGCCAGCAAGGAAAAAGUUGAAGUUAGCAGAUUCUACUGAGAAGCCUAUUAUGUGUAUAGAUGAUGCUGUAGGCUAUAGAAGAAGAAUUAUGGAACAUAAGAUGAAGAGAAUGCGUGCAAUAAGGGAGAAAUAUGCUGAAAACGCAUCUGAAUUGUUCUUUCUACAUGCUGGUGGCAAUAUGAUGGAUUUUCAAACUUGGAAGAAGAGACAACCAUCGCCUCAGUAUCUGCAUUUUUUACGGCAAAAUAGAUUAGAUCCAGACGACGAUGAUGAAGAUUUAACAGUGCCACUGCCAGUAAUAUCAGAAAUUCCAUUACCACCAACUGUUACACCAACUGUCUCUUCAAUAGUUUCUGUGAAUCAAUGUGCUGACGUAAAAAUUUCUGGUAUAAACGUUACGCCAGUUGCAGUGUCUACAACCUUACCUGCUGCAGUAGCUCAACUUAAUCAACAAGGACAUGUACCAGGUAGGCCUCAAGGGGGCCGCCAUGGCAUGGUGUUUGCCUUCAGAGCAGCAAUUCAAUCUUCACCAGUCACCGUUCACUCUCCACCUACUUCUACUCUAGCACCCACGCUCAUUAUAGGUAGUGCACCGGUAGUUUCGAGUUCCCCGAAACACAUAACAACUACAGUAGUAGCAACAUCAGCAGCUCCAGUUGCAGACAAACUAUCUACAACGGUUACAACAGUCACAACCACUACUACCACUACUACUUCGACUAUAACUGUUGUUUCUACUCCUAUUCCUACUCCUACUCUUACUGCAACGAUCACUACCACAGCAUCAAAAAUGUCUACUGCGCCUACUAGUACUUCCUCUACACCAGUUAUAAAGCUUGUUAAAUUACCAGCCUCUAAUUCAACAUGUGAUAUCACAAAUAAUCAAGAACAAAUUGUAGAAAAAGCAAAACAGGAAGCAUACGUCAUGCAAAGGAUUGCCGAGUUGCAGCGAGAAGGAUUGUGGUCGGAAAGAAGAUUACCUAAAGUGCAAGAACCACCUCGUACAAAAGCUCAUUGGGACUACUUGCUUGAGGAAAUGGUGUGGUUGGCUGCUGAUUUUGCUCAAGAACGGAAAUGGAAAAAAGCGGCAGCGAAAAAGUGCGCGCGCAUGGUUCAGAAGUAUUUCCAGGAGAAAGCAAUUCAAGCGCAAAAGGCCGAGAAGUCGCAAGAACUCAGAUUAAAGAAGAUCGCUAGUUUUAUAGCCAAGGAAAUCAAAACUUUCUGGACGAAUGUGGAAAAGUUGGUGGAGUAUAAGCAACAAACAAGACUGGAAGAGAAAAGAAAACAGGCGCUGGAUCAACAUUUAAAUUUUAUCGUUGGACAAACUGAAAAAUAUUCAACAUGGUUGACAGAGGGACUCAAUAAAACAGACGGUCCUCAAAGUAUUCCGGCGUCCAUUAAUAGUUCACGAAUAUCUUCUCCAGUUCCGCCCGGAAAAUCUCAUUCUGAUGAGGACUUUCAACCCAAUCAAAGUUCAGAUGACGACGAAGAAACUAUAGCAAAGGCAGAGGAAGAAUUGAAAUCCGUAACGAAUCACAAAGAAGAGGUUGAAUUAUUAAAGAGAGAAUCGGAAAUUCCAUUGGAAGACCUUCUGAAAGAUUUGCCUCCUGAUUACUUAGAAGAUAGAAAGAAAAAUUUGUCUCCAUCGAAAGAAAUUGCUGACGAAGGUAACGAUGAAAAGACCACGGAUGGCGAUACAGAUUUUGUUGCGGCAUCGGACGAAUCUUCAGACGAAGAAGAAACUAUAAUGGAACAAGAGAAAUUAGAAGAAAAUACGGAUUAUAAACAAGAAUUGGAUGAUCUCAAAGCUGAAAAUGAAAUGUCCAUCGAUGAACUUAUGAAUAAAUAUGGCAAUAUAUCGGAAGCUCCAAUGGAUGUUGAUCAAGAACUAGGACAAGAUUCUGAUAAAGAAAGCACAAAGGAAGAGGAGGGGCAGGAAAAUGACGAGGAAUCUAUCAGCAGUGAAAAUGAAAGUGAAGAAAGCGAUAACGAAGUCGGUGAACGGGAGUCUCAAACGCAAAGCGACAAUGAAACUGAUAUCGGGCUUAAAUCUCUUUUAGAAGAUAUUUCUAUGGAAAAAUCUACAGACGGAAAGGCUGCAGAAAUGGAUCAUUCGGACGCUCACGAUGAAAUGGACAAUGUGGCUGCAUUGGCGGAAAGUAUUCAACCGAAGGGAAACACUUUACUGACUACUAGUGUUGUUACUAAAAUUCCGUUCCUUUUGAAACACUCUCUCCGGGAAUACCAACACAUAGGAUUGGAUUGGCUCGUGACUAUGUACGAAAGAAAGCUAAACGGCAUUUUGGCAGACGAAAUGGGUUUGGGUAAAACGAUACAAACGAUUGCCUUACUUGCACACUUGGCAUGUGAGAAAGGUAACUGGGGCCCACAUCUUAUAAUAGUACCAACCUCUGUAAUGCUUAAUUGGGAAAUGGAAUGCAAGAAAUGGUGUCCUGGUUUCAAGAUUUUGACAUACUAUGGAACACAAAAAGAAAGAAAACAAAAAAGAACAGGUUGGACAAAACCCAAUGCUUUUCACAUCUGUAUCACAUCAUAUAAAUUAGUUAUUCAAGAUCAUCAAAGCUUUCGAAGAAAAAAAUGGAAGUAUCUUAUAUUGGACGAAGCUCAAAAUAUAAAAAAUUUUAAAUCACAAAGAUGGCAAUUGUUAUUGAAUUUUCAAACGCAGCGACGACUGUUACUAACGGGCACGCCACUUCAAAAUAAUCUUAUGGAACUUUGGUCUCUAAUGCAUUUUUUAAUGCCAAAUGUAUUUCAGUCACAUAGAGAAUUCAAAGAAUGGUUCAGCAACCCCGUCACAGGCAUGAUUGAAGGAAACAGUGAAUACAAUGAAAACAUUAUUCGUCGUCUGCAUAAGGUAUUACGGCCAUUUUUAUUACGUAGAUUGAAAACAGAAGUAGAAAAACAAUUGCCUAAAAAAUAUGAGCAUGUGGUGAUGUGCCGUUUGUCGAAACGACAGCGAUAUCUGUACGAUGAUUUCAUGUCUAGAGCAAAAACAAAGGAGACUUUGGCUAGUGGUAAUCUAUUAAGUGUGAUUAACGUGUUGAUGCAGUUACGUAAAGUCUGCAAUCAUCCAAAUUUGUUCGAAGUGAGACCGACAGUUUCGCCCUUUCAAAUGGAAGCUAUCGAAUUUGUUACGGCUUCGUUGGUGUGGAAUGUCCUUGAUUACGACCCAUUUAAGCAUAUCGACUUAUCUAGUAUGAAUCUCCUUCUAUGCGAUUUGGAACUGUCACUUACCGCUUUCGUUGCGCAUAGAGUAAGACGAUUACGAACGCCACGAAGGCUUAUAGAAGAAAUAGAUACUCUACCGGAUCCACCGCCAAGAUGUCCACCAGGAAAAAUUAAAAUCAAUGUCAGACUAUCCAAUCAAGCCAAACCACCGUCUACACCGCAGCAAACUCAAACGAAACUAAAAAAUUUCGCUGGCAUCUUACCCAGUACUCGCGUUGGAACAUCCCCUCUAAUUAAAACAUUAAAUAAUCAAAGCACUGCGGGACAAGGUGUCACUUUGAGGGUAUCAGGUGGUCAACAAUUGCAAGGAUACUCAGUUCAAUUAGUUCAGCAUCAGGGCAGUGUGAAAGCCAUCCCUGUUGGAACACUAGCACAUAACCCACAAAGUACAACAGUGACACCAAGUACAGCAGCAACGAAUGCACCGAGGAUUACAGUAGGAAAUGCGAAUAUCAAAGAUGGACUGCAACGACUAACCACGCAGACAGUCACAGUUAAACAAGGUGAUUCCGUCCAAAGAAUAGCAGUGCCUAGUUUUGCACAGCUGGUUCAAACAUCUACUGGUAGACAUAUCAUUCUGACUUCGAAUCAGCAAAACACUAACACAGUUUCCUUUCCAGUAAUUUCUCCAAGCGGACAACGCUUGACAGUUUUAUCAAAAUCUUUGAUGGGCAUAUCUACUUCGGCAACUACGGUGAACAAAGUUGUUGGAGGGAUGGUUACGACGUCAAGUGGAACCAGUGGAAGACCCGUGAUGAGAGUACCACCUCUGAAUGUGACUGGUUCCCAGGCACAGCCCUCGACUGGUAACGGGCAAUCUCCUCAGCAAUCCAUUCGUUGUGGUAUUGUUACUAGACACGCACAAAAGGAGUCUGAAAAGGCACAAACGAAGGAACGUCCCAAGUCCGAAUUUCAUUUGCCGCAGUUGGAAGAAGAACGAAAGCAAAGGAGGCAAGACAAGCUCCGCCUUCUCACAAAUAUCAAUGAAAGAAGAUGCGCGGCAUGUCCUCUGUACGGUGAAGAUCUGUUCAUGGCGUUAAGGAUUGGUAAACCAUCUACAGCUUGUCGGUGGCAUAAUGGUUGGGUACAUUGUGCAUCCGCCAAAGAUGACGUUCGUACCCGCAGACAAUUUUUUUCCCGUACAGAAGCACUCGCGGAAGCAAUCAACAGUACAGAACAAAUCGUUGAAGAGCUUAAGGAAGUUUUUGAAAGGUUUGUUGUUCAUGUUCCUGCUGUGUGCGCACCCACGCCACGUUUUCACGUUUCUCAUCCACCUCCACACAAACUGUUCGCCCAGAGGCGUAUGCAAAUGGCGUUGCAACGUUAUUUGUCGCCGAAAUUCGCAUUGUUCCAUCCAGUAGCUAGUGCAAUGAUGACUCAGUUCCCAGAUCCUCGACUGAUACAGUAUGACUGUGGAAAACUACAAUCCCUUGAUCGACUUCUUAGGAAGCUUAAGUCAGAUAACCAUAGAGUUUUAAUUUUUACACAAAUGACAAGAAUGUUGGACGUUUUAGAAGCUUUUCUUAAUUUCCACGGCCAUAUAUAUUUGCGUUUAGACGGUACCACCAGGGUGGAUCAACGACAGGUUUUGAUGGAACGAUUCAACGGCGACAAACGAAUAUUCUGUUUCAUUUUGUCGACAAGAUCUGGAGGUGUGGGCGUGAAUCUUACAGGCGCCGAUACCGUUAUAUUUUAUGACAGCGAUUGGAAUCCUACCAUGGAUGCCCAAGCGCAGGAUAGGUGUCAUAGAAUAGGUCAGACACGGGAUGUACAUAUCUACAGGUUAGUAAGUGAAAAGACUGUGGAAGAAAAUAUUCUAAAGAAGGCCAAUCAGAAGCGAUUGCUCGGGGACUUGGCCAUCGAGGGAGGCAACUUCACGACUGCUUACUUUAAGAGCUCUACCAUCCAAGAUCUCUUCAACAUUGAUCAAACGGAGAAUGAUGCUUCGGCGCGAAUGGCGGAGGUGUUGGAGCAGAACAAGGAUCGUGAGAAAUUCCUGCAGAAGGAGGGUCAAGGACAAAGCGUUGAUGACAAGGUAGCGAUGGGGGCGUUAGAGAGUGCACUCGCUGCCGCUGAGGAGGACCUUGAUGUUCAAGCAGCAAAAACUGCCAAGGCGGAAGCUGUUGCCGAUCUGGCAGAGUUCGAUGAGAAUAUACCUUUGGACGAGGCGGAUAAGGAUGACAUGCAAGUCAGCAAAGCUGAGCUUGAGGUGCAAAACCUGGUAUCUCAGCUCACACCCAUAGAACGUUACGCGAUGAAAUUUGUCGAAGAGUCUGAGGGCGCAUUCUCGGCAGCUCAACUAGCGGCUGCAGAACGCGAGCUAGAAGAGCAGAAAAAGGAGUGGGAGUUGGAUCGGCUGCGAGCGUUGCGCGAGGAAGAAGAGAGGCGGAUGAGGUUAGCCGAUGACGACGAGAAACCCUUAACGUUCGGCCGCGAGGAUGCGCAGAAUCAGGUUAAUAAUGCUAGUAAUUCUAAGAAAUUAGUCAGUAAGAAAUUGCCGGCGAAUAGGGGGAGAAGGAGGAGCUCGCGUAGGAACAAUAGUAAAAGUGCUCAGGAGACGGAAAGUGAAAGCGAAACGACCACGGAAUCGGAGUCAGAAUCGCAAGAGGAUGCUGUGGAAGACAGCCUUGAUGAGGAGUCAAGUCACACGGAGAGUCAGAGCCAAGGCGACGAGGAUGACGAGGAGGAGGAGGACGAAGCAAAUGAUUCCGAGCGAGGAGGAUAUCCUAAGCGUAAGAACCGCUCCAACAAAUCGUUCAGCCAGAAUCACUUUGAUCUGAACAGUCCCCGUACGAGAUCCAGAGGAAACGUGAAGAUAAAUCUGUGGACAUUGGACGUGAGUCCGAUUUUGCCGGGCAUAAAGCCAAAGUGUCGUGGUAGAGCGAGCAAUAUGAGAAAGCAGAGAGAGAUGGAGAUGAGAAUGAAGGCGGAAGAAAGUUUUGUGUUGCCUCUGCCGCCAUCUUCGAGUCCGAAGAAGCUGAAUGCUACUGUUAGAUCGGACGACGAGUUUAGGGCAGCGAAUCUGAAAGAGGACACAGAUUUGAAACGCGUCGAAGUGAACAGCAAGCUCUCGUCUAGCAGAGGCUCAACCGAGAAUGUUGAGGAUCGCAAGACCAUUGUGAAUCAUUGCGAUGCCGCGUCUUCGUCAAGGGCGAACAGUAAAAAGGACACACAGAAGGAUAGAGAUGAAUUCAGCUACGUUUCAAAUUCUUCGGAAGCAGAAGUUUGUGCUCAACUGGACGAGUCUGUAUCCAGUGGUCACCAGGAGGAAUUUUUGGACGCAAAAGUCGAUGACGAGGAGACACAGGAUCGAAUUGACUUCACUGCAUAUGAGUCAACUGAGCAAAGUAAUUGCGCGGGCGAAGCAGAUUCUAGCGGGGAAAUCGAGAAUCCUGAUGCCAGUAUUCUUUCACAGACUGGGAGCUCAUGCUCGUCCGCUGCGGAGUCGGGUACGUUGAAGAUGAUAUCGGAUUCGGAUUUGACCGAGGAAAUAAAUGUUUCCGAAAGUUUAAUAACCGCGCCCUUCAAGAGCAACACAGUUCUUCAGGAGUUAAAUGAGACCACUUCGAAAUCGUCGACGGAUAAAAUAAUCAGUUCGACUUCGGAGAAUUCUGUCACCAGUGAAACAGUCCGAGAUUCAACGGAGAAACUAGAGUCAGAAAUCAACGUCGCUGACGAAAGUAACAGCGAUAAGAGACCAGAAAGUCCUGUCGAAUCGAGCGAACGAUGCAACGAUUAUGUAGUCUCUGACGUAAAGAACGAGACAGUCAAUGAUAGCGAGUACACAUCUGUGAUAGAAACAAGCUCUAGUCAGAACAUCGGUAGCGAAGAAGAGGAAGAAAAAGGAGAAAGCCGCACUAAAUUCAACGAAGAAGAAAAGCGAAACGACAACAAUAAACAGACUCCAUCUUCUAUGGAUGUCUCUGAAUCGGGCGACACGGUCGAGUCUGAUUCUUCCUUAGAAAUCAAGCUCAAGUCUCGUAAAACGGAAACCGUGUCCUAUGGGGUGACAACGAGAAGUGGAAAGAUAAACUUCACGGUUGAGAUCACUGAAAGCAAAGAUACGUAUUCUGAAACAUGCUACGCCGAACCGAACGUACCAAAGCACAAUCAGGAAAACGAAAAUUCAAUUGUCAGUAAAAAGGAAGCGUGCAAGGUAGCCCCGAUAAGGAGGCCGGACACGCCGAGACCCUUGGAGCAAGGUAGAAUAACGAGAUCUAGCGCCGGGCGUUCAUUAACGCCGCCGCCGAGCAACAGUUCUUCGAAAUCGGUCCAGAGAAGACAUCAACCAGACAUUCCACUAAUUGAGGGCUCUAAGUUAUCUCCCAGACCAGUAACGAGGUCUACGUCCAUUGUAAACUCCCCAAUAAGGAAUGAGGAACAGAAUGUCUCCUCUUACGAAAAGCCAACUACAAGAAGCUCGAAGUCCUUGGACAACGGUUUCCUAAGCCCCGCACCAUCGGAGUUGAAAGACGCUGGUAGUCCUACUGCAAAGCCUAAGAAGAGUCUAACCGAGAUCGUCGCACCUGUAAAUACGAGUACCGUAAAAAGACGACCGGACACACCGGUCCCAACAUUCGAGCAGAUGUCGAGGGUUACGCGGUCGGGUCUCAACUUUACCUUAAACUCGGGAAAGUCGUCCAGUCCUAACCACGUGGCUGUCCCUUUGAAAAGCAACAAGCACAUCCGGAAGUCAGACGCAGAGGCCAAAGCACAAGAGUUUUUGUCGCCUGCGAAAACACUCGCCGACACUCUCAGUACGGAUUCGAAUGGCAACGCGGUCGCCUCCGAGGAGUUCGGGAAGCAGGACGAUUCAGGAUUUACGGAGAUGAACGAGAAGCCACAACGGACGGCUAAGGUGGUAGCGAUCCUCACACUGGACACCAGAAGCAAUCACAGUAGCAAGGCCUCGAGCUCCGUGAAGACGAACUCUACUGACAAUAAGAGCCUCGGUAAGAAGAACGACUCUACCACGUCGUCUGACAAAAACUGUCUUCUAAGGAUCUCCGAUGUCACGUCAAACUGCAAACUCGAUGGCUGGUGUGGCACCGGGCUGGAUAAUGCCCCCGCAGUUCUCACAAACGUGGCUAGUACUUACGCUUCUGGUAAGACAGGCAAAGCGACAGUGAGUAAGGCCGGAUCGCCGUUGAACUCCAAACUGAAGACAGAGAAAUUACUGCCCGUGAUCGCCCUGGUCGAUUUAGACAAUGAUUCCAGUUACGAUUCGUCGGAUGGGUCUAAGAGAUUGCGUCGGAAGAUCAAAAGAACUCGCCUGACCUCGUUCUCCAAGCCCCUCGGCGGCAAAGUGGAGAUAGAGGAUAAGUUGGAAGAACAGGAGGAACAGAUCCCACCGACCAAGAAGUCGAUCCGGUCCCAGCUCUCGCCUUCUUCGUCCUCUUCUCCUCCUCCUACGUCGCAGACGGCGCAGUUGGGUAAGAUCACCAGCGGUACCGUGUCUUGAGUCUCGCUGAGGCUGUAUCGCUGUAAGAUUUAGCAGCAGGAUUGUAUAAAAGAUUCCUGGAGCAGGUGUAACGCAUCAUCCGACUUCUUGUACGCAUCGAUUUUUCUUUCUUCUUUCUUUCUUUCUUUCUUUUUGUUUCUCUCUUUUUUCUAUGUCCUUUUCUUUUUUUAAUUUCACGUAAUCAUCAUCAAGCCCACGUUGUACAUAUUAAUGGAAACGAUCUAAGAGAAGUAGGAGAAACUGAGAGGUGAGACACGUUCAAUCUUUUCCGUUGUACUGGGUACACGCGUGUAAUAUUUUUAGCCUUGUAAAUUUGUGCUCUCCUGUAAAGGUUUCCCCGCGUAAAUGUUUCCAUGCGACAUUGUAAUUUAUACACUCGGUGAUAUAUAGAAGCGAAGGAGAGAUAAUGUGGGAGGAAAAUGGGAAGGAGUUUCAGACACAUUCGACUGUAUCAUAUUAGGUAAUAGUUAACGAGAAUUCACACACGCAAACAAUUCUACCGUCUAGUUUAGUUCGUUAUGGACGCUGCAAAUUAUAUGGGCCGCGGCUCCGCGCGCGCAAUUGUUGCGUUUACAAGCGAGGAGAUAUCCGCCAAUUGGAAAUAAUAGACAGUCGAUUUGUCGGGGAGGUAGAACAAACGAUAGACAGUAAAAAAAAAGAAAAUGGGAACGGAAAACAAAUGACAAAAUCUGUGAACGCGCCGUACUUUGCUCUCGUGUGUAACGCCUUGUAUAUUACAUAACUCACAAGGUGACAACCUGAUUACAUUGCUAGACUUAAGGAGUUACUCGUUUAAUGGUAUGCCCCACUGUAAUAUUUAAGUUGCGUGCCUGUAUUUUGUAUGAUCGAGUGAGUCCAAGGAAGGAAAUAAAACUAAUUCCUUGCUACGAAGA